GGGCUCUGUUGUGUAUAGUUGUUUUUUUUGACUAAUGGAAUUUUUUUGUAUACAUUUUACUAAUUAGAUUAGAAAUAGGAAUUCUGUGUGGCCGGCAUAUGUGUUAAAUGUUGAGAGAACAGAAAAAAUUAUAAAGAAGUACUUAAUAUUAAUAAAAAUCUAUACAAACUGUUUAUAUUUGUAGCAAAUUUAUUUAAUAAAAACUCUUUAAAGAGUUUAGUUUUUUAUAGAAAUCUAACGAAAAUGGUUGACACUUCCUCGGUUAAUUUGGACAAGUGCUUUGAAGUCAUAACAGAUUUAGUAAACAAAGCAGGAGCGAUAAUAGCUCAUAGAAAUGAAACACGCCAGGAGUUUGUUUGCAAACAAGGUGACAUUGAUUUAGUUACCGAGACGGAUAAGGAGGUGGAACAGUUGUUGAUGAAAGGCAUACGAGAACAAUUUCCAGAUCAUAAAUUCAUAGGCGAGGAGGAAAGUAGCGCUGAGGGUGCCCCUAAAAAGCUUACCGAUGAUCCUACUUGGAUUAUUGAUCCCGUGGAUGGCACCAUGAAUUUUGUACAUGCCUUUCCACAUUCUUGUAUAUCGGUGGGUUUAGUGGUAAACAAAGUUACCGAAUUGGCUAUAGUUUACAAUCCCUUACUAAAUCAACGUUUUACUGCCCGACGUGGUCAAGGAGCAUUUUAUAAUGAUAAGCCCAUUAAAGUUAGCGGUCAAAAGGAUUUAUCUAAAUCCUUAAUAACCAGUGAAUUUGGCACUACUAGAGAUCCCGAAAAAAUGGAAGUGGUAAAGGAAAACUUUGCCAAAAUGUCAGCUAAAGCUCAUGGCUUACGUGUCUUGGGUUCGGCUGCACUUAAUAUGUCCAUGGUGGCCUUAGGAGCUGCUGAUGCUAAUUAUGAAUUUGGAAUACACGCCUGGGAUGUUUGUGCCGGUGAUUUGAUAGUUAGAGAAGCAGGAGGUGUUGUCAUGGACCCUGCCGGUGGUCCUUUUGAUAUGAUGUCUCGUCGUGUUUUAGCUGCCGCUACUCCCGAGUUGGCUAAAGCUAUAGCAGAGACUUUAACACAAUUCUAUCCUCAGCCCAGAGAUGACUAAAUGUUAGAGAUAGAUUUUUAUACUCAAUCAAACCCAGUGAAAUUUACCAAAAAAAAUCUAAUUCAAAAUAUGCAAAUAAAACCAGGGGAAAUGGUUUCCUUUUUGUUGUUUAAUC